GUGUGUGAACUGUUUGUCGUCUUCCAGACGCGGAGGUGAUGUGAUGGUCAUUGAGGUGCAGUCACAUGGUGAUCAGCUGACGGGGCGUGUUAUCGCUGUCCUCCGCCCACCUCAGUGUUCGUCUUUAGGGGUCCUGCAGGAGGCAGCACUAGUGGCCCACGACACGGUGGUGUGUGGCUUUCAGCAGGAGAACAGCGCGUGGUGCCUGUGUGUCUGGAGAGGCUGGGGCUGCAGCGAGCUGGAACUCUUCUACCAGUCAUACGAGGAGCUGAGCCGUCUGGAGAGCAGCAUGAGGAGAAGGAGGUAGCACAGAGCGGCAGUGUUCACAGCAGGAGGUGCUGACAGGAGCGGGAGGAGGCGCUGCCUCACACUGACCACAGGGGGUUCAAACUGACAAAAACCUCCUGCUCAUCCCUGAGCUUUGUAAUCAUACACACGCACGCGCGAUGGUACGCUCCAUGUGAAGUCAAUCACCGUCACUGUUAGAUUAGACAGCAUGCUGAUCUCAUGCUCAUGUUUUCAUGCGUUCACACUCUCAUGCGUUCACGCUUUCAUAUGUUCAUGCUUUCAUGCAUUUGUUCUUUCAUGUGUUCAUGCAUUUAUGCUUUCAUGCGUUCAUGCUUUCAUGUGUUCAUGCAUUCACUUGUUCUUGCUUUCAUGCGCUCAUGUGUUCAUGCGUUCAUGUUUUCAU